AUGGAAAGUCAGAAUUCACAGAGCCAGAGCGAACUAGCUGGCCAAAGACAUCCCCUACCAGAAGAGAAUCCCAGGAUGAAAUGCAAGGACUGUGGGGCCUUUGGGCACACUAUAAGAAGCAGAAAGUGUCCUAUCAAGUGUUGGGAUGGGGCCAAGGCACCACUACCGUUGGGAGUAAAGAAGGAAAAGGAGAACCGGGACCCACAGAAGAAGCCACAGAAUCCCCAGAGUCCUGAGCCAGUGAAUGAGACAGAGAAAGAGAGAGAAGAGAGAGAAAAACUAGAGAAGAGGAAGAAGUCUCUCUUGCUCAGAUUUCCCAAGAAACCCCCAGAGAAGAGGCCACCGGGUUGGAAGGAUACAACAAAUUCUGGUGGCUAUCUGAGGCGCCCAAGCAGACCAGCAUUCCUCCAUAUAAACAGGAGAUUAUUCAUAGGCCAUACUGAGGUUAGUGUACCAGCAGACGAGAAAUCUGAUGGCCAGCCGUGCCAUACAGCACCUUCCACAGAAGACCCUAAUACUAUCUUACCUCUUGAGGAAGACGAAUGGCAGAUCCUGGAAGUCCCUAGUGUGCCAAAACCAGCAUCUGAGCACAAUGAUGAGGACCCAGCUGUCAGUGAGAAUCCAACAGACCAAAGCGCCAAGUAUUGCUUCCAUCAACUUCCACAGGUUGCAUUCCAAGUGCAGGAAAUGGGCCACAUGUUUAACACUCAGUCACCAGCCCAGCACUCUGAUGAAGCUAAGCAUUCCCACCUAUAUUUUCUACAUACAGAUAGCCAGGAUGCUGAACUCAGCUUCAAGGUAACCAGUGAGAGAAAUUUCCAGGUCCACACACAGAUUAUUCAGAAUUCUACAAAGAAAUUGCGACUAAGCUCCUACCAAGAACCUAAGAAGAGCACCAAAGGGCCUGUGGGGAGGGCUUCCUGUCCUGUGCCAUGUUCUAGUACCAGUACAGUUGAACCAAAAGGAUUACCUCAAGGAGCCAAUGUUGAACAACAGCCUCCACACAGUAGAGCUCUCCUGAAUUUCAGCCAGCUUCACACUGAGUCCCAUCAUCCACUGGCCAGCCACGUUCCAGUGCAACCCCUCCGAAUGGUCUUCACUAGAUUGAGAAAUGGCUACUGGAGCUCCAAGAUCUUGGAUACUUCCUCAUUCCGUAUUACUGAGAAGAAAAUAUCUCGGGGUAAGAUUUUACUCUCCCUGAAGAGGUCUGGAGGAUCUUCUUCCUGGGUCCUUUAUAAGUAA